AUGGUCUCGUUGAAGUGGAGAAAGCGAGCAGACUCGCCCAGCCUUGUUCAUGAGCAGAACGAUCUCAACACCACAACCUUCCUCGCAGAAGGGAACCUGAAGUAUGCGGUCGAAAAGGGGGAGAACAGCAACGAGCCUUCUUACCAGGAAGUGUCCGGCGCCCCGGUCGAGACCCGUUCACCCCUCGGCUACCAUGUCGGUCAAGUCACCAUUCUCUUCCUCAACCUCUCCAAGAUGGUCGGCACGGGAGUCUAUUCGACACCGUCGACGAUUCUCAAGGGUACCGGCAGCGUGGGCCUUGCGCUGAUCUACUGGUUCAUUGGCUUCCUCAUUGCUGGAGCUUCUCUAUCCGUCUACCUGGAAUUCGCCAGCUACUUUCCGAACCGCUCUGGCAGUGAAGUCGUCUAUUUGGAACAGGCUUACCCCCGUCCUCGAUACCUUUUCCCCGUCACCUUUGCGAUUCAGUCUGUGCUGCUCUCCUUCAGCGCCUCGAACGCGAUCGUCCUCGCACAGUACCUGUACCGUAUCAACGGGGCCACUCCGACGGCGUGGGAACUGAAAGGCGUGGCCGUCGCAGGAUACACCGUGGCCUUCCUCUUUGUGGCCUUCUCGACUCGUUGGUCCUACCGUCUCUCAAACGCCAUCGGUCUCGUCAAGCUACUGACGUUGGUGUUUGUUGCCAUCACCGGCCUGGUCGUCCUCGGCGGGAAUGUUUCCCGUGUCCCAGAUCCCCAUGCCAACUUCCGCAACGCAUUCUCCGGCUUUGAAGGCACCUCGGCUUCGGCAUACGGCGUGACCAACGCCCUGGUGAAGAUCAUCUUCUCGUAUGCCGGCUAUGAGAAUGCUUUUAAUGUCGUGAAUGAAGUCAAGAACCCUGUCCGUUCCAUCCGCAACUCGGGUGGCCUGUCACUCCUGAUCGUGGCGACACUCUAUGUGCUGGCCAAUAUCGCAUAUUUCUCGGCGGUGCCGAAAGAAGAAUUGGUCAAGUCGUCGCAAGUUGCGGCUAGUCUGUUCUUCCAACACGUCUUUGGGUCGAGCGGAGCAGUCAGGGGUCUCAAUUUUCUGAUCGCCAUGAGCGCAUUUGGCAAUCUGAUUGCAGUGCUGCUGGGUCAGUCCAGAUUGAUCAGAGAGUGUGGUCGCCAGGGAACUCUCCCAUUUCCCGAUUUCUGGGUCAGCACUCGACCCUUCGGCACUCCGCUGGGGCCAUACGUUGUCAAAUGGGCGUUGACGAUGCUCAUGAUCCUCGCGCCUCCCGCAGGCGACGCCUUUAACUUCGUCGUCGACCUCGCCAACUACCCAUCCUCCUUCUUCAACUUCCUGAUGGCGGUGGGGAUCUACUGCGUGCGGUACCAGCGCAAGCAGCUCAACGUGCCGCAACCGUCCAAGGCGUACCGCUUCCGGGCGUGGCACGUGGCCGUGCUCUUCACCAUCGCGGUCAACCUGUACAUGCUGAUCAUGCCGUGGUACCCGCCGACGGGGGGCGCGACGGGCGGCGAUGUCAGCUUCUGGUACGCCACGUACGUGGUGACGGGGAUCGGCAUCCUGGUCGCCUGCGCCGUCUACUACCUGCUGUGGGUGCACCUGCUGCCCCGCUGGCGGGGGUACCGCGUCCGCCACGAGAAGGUGCUCCUGCACGGCGGCGAGGUCACGCACAAGCUCGUCAAGGUGGCCCUGGACAAGCUGGAGGCGUGGGACAGGGAGCACGAUGCGCAGGGGAGGAAGAUUGGGUCCCAGGGCCGAAGCGACGACGAAAUCGUCGACGUGCAUCAUCGCUUUGACGAGGACGAGAAGUCGUGAUGAUUCGGGGGCCUCCCUCCAGUGUCAAAAACCUCGCUGACUCCCGGUUCUGCCAACGCCCGUCUCGCUCCUGUGCGCUCCCUUCUCGCUGUGCCUUACUUCCUACUGAAGUAGACAAUCUCUGUGCCAGUUACAGGCCACUGCAUGACUGUCUAUAUAUACCUCGACUCUCGAACGGCGCCAGGUGAUAGCUAUCUGACUUCCGUCC